GCCAAGAUGGCCACUUACAGGUCGUUCGUAGUUUUGGACCGUAGUUUUUGGAGGCAGGUAAAUUAAAAGUGCUAUUAGCUGCGACCUGAAAUCGGCCACAACUAUUUCAACUGCACGUCUGAGAGACCCAUUCCGCCCAGUCGCUUGUGUGUACUGCAUGUCGACUACUAAGCGCGCGUCAAGCAUGGACAGCACGGGUUACGAUUCGUCGGCCAGCACACAGUCAAAUCAGUCAUCGGUGUCGGCGCUUCGGGGUACGUUUUAUGCGGUCUACCUUUACACCAACAGUCCCAAAACACAGCAGCAGCAGCAGUCCGAAACCGAAACUUCGGCGGAUGAAGCUUCGCAAAAGCCUCCUGCGACAAAACCACCCAAGUCUCAGACAAAGGAAAGCCUGUCAUUGCUUGCCACUGACCUUGGUGCCGUUGCUGAGACGGAUCUGCGCUGCUUCCUCAUCAAGAAAGUGGCACGAGACUUACAGGACACGAGGGGCAAUGUGGACUCGAUGGAAAUGACCUUUGGUGAGAAGACGACUGGCACAGCAAUGUGUUUCCAUCAAGCUUUCACAAAGGAGGCUUCGGACGUGGAGAAAAAAGAGCAACAAGCGUACGUCCUGUGCUUUAUUGCUCCCAAUGAUGGCACCUUGGACUUGUAUUGCACGGACCUGGAACGCUUCGGAAAGUCACUACUUCCACUACUAACUAAUUCGGAAAUCGACUUCAAGUCGACGUUGACCAACUCGCUGGAGGAGUGGCACUACAUCUGCGUCCUUUACACGAACCGCUGUGUGGAGGCCUUCUCUGAGAACAUCGCAGUGCUACUGCAAGCGGCCUUGAGUGAGGCUCCAGUCAAUGUCACGACGGGAAACUCUCGGGAUAAAAGCGACGUCGAAAAGUUUAUGGAAGCCUGCAACCUUCAUGGGCUCGAAAGCCAGAAACGAGGCCAGGAGGAAACGGAAAGCGGCUGUCAGUCGCCAGCUGCCAUUGAGAUCAUCUCUGAGGAUGACUGCCUCAUUGCUCGAAAUGCAGAAGCCUCGCCAUUCUGCCAGCGCUGGGCCGCUCGGCUGGUGAAGUCCAAGGAUGACGGACCACUGGUGCUUCGCCGUAUUGUAGAGGGAUUUAAGAUUCGUACCAUCCAGAACCUGAAUCUUGUGAAGCGACUUGUAAAAGAGGCAGAAAAUGACCACUACGCCCUGUUCAAUGCAUACCAGUUCCUGAAGAAGUGUGGCUACUGGGACACCUUGCUUCAGCGAGCCAUCAAUGAAGGUUCAGUAGUGGCCACACCUGAAGGCCGAGAGGUUGUCGACCUUCUCCAGGAACGGCUAGCAGCUAAUGCCCUCGCUGGAAGCCAGUUGCCAGUCAGGAAUUCUGCCUGAUGAUCCUAUUCAAAAAUAAAUGUUCACGAAUGACGA